GAGUGCUAAGCUAAUCUUCCUUCCCCACCGCCACCAGUUCCCACCAUUGGCAUCUCUGCUCCCGAUUCCCAGCAUCUCCCCUUUUCUCAUCAUCUUCUUAAUAAAUAAAACCCCCAACUCGUCCCCUCCACUCACUCACCCACCCAGCCGUCUUCUUCUGCUUCUCCAAUCAAUCAUUCAAUUUCCGGUUUCAUAAUCAUGAACGCCGUCGAUUCCGCAGCCUUGGACCCGCUGGUGUUCGAAUACGUCAGCUGUGGGGUCUCCGACAUCGUCAACAACCUCUGGACCUGGCUCGCCGUCCUCGCCGCCGCCGUCAGCUUCUGGAGGAUCAGAACCGCCGGCGGCGGCGAAUCACCCACUCAUCCGUCCCGUUCCUCCGUCCUCCGCCUCACCCUCCAGGUCCCCACUCCCGAUUUCAUCCUCCGCCGCAAAUUAAUUAGGGUUCAACGCACGGAUUCGGUGCCCGAUGAGGUUCCGGCGAGUACUACUCCCAAGACGCCCGCUUCGAGUCCGGUCGCCUGCGACGACGGCGACGUGGUCACGAAGGGAAAGUUCGUGGCGUAUUAUCGCGAAGAGGAAACGAGGGAGGAGGAGGAUGUUGUUGUAUUUGACGACGGGGAAGUAUUGGACGGUGGUAACGGCGGCGUGGGGAAGGGGUGGUUGGAGACGGCGUUGAGGGUGAGGAUGGAAGGGGAAUUGGGAUGGUACAGAUACCAGGACCUGACGGCGAUUAACGGCAACGUCGUUAGGUUGUGGGACGGCGUUAGGAGCGGAGACGGAGAGUGUUACGAUGAUGGCAGCAUCAAGAGCAAAUGCAAUCCCCGCUGUUGUUUAGCUUGUUGACCUCUCUCUAUAUCCAGCCGAAGCUCAUACGUCUCCAAAUGGAGGGAUUGCAGAAUUUUGUCCGCAACGUCUCAAAGGAGAUACAGUCCGUAACUUCCUCUCCUUCCUCGUCGGAGAACUCGUACGAUCUCGGUGGGAAAUUAGGAGUCGCCACUGCUACUCUAUCUUCUUCUACUGCCAACCACUCUCGUGUUCUGACGGUCAGGCCCCCCAGGAACAUGGUGUCUGCAUGGACCUGCUCCAAGCUCUGUUUGUUUUUCUUUGCUGCUGGUAUCGUGGCUGGUUAUACAUUGAAGAGGCGUGUCCGUGGCUGGGCUUCUAGGCUGCUCAGGAGGUUGAAAGAUGACUGACAGCCACCACUGAAGCAAAUCAUACCGUGAAUCGCUACAGUCUCAGCUGUUCAUUAGCAAAUCCCUGAGGAUGCUGAUGAAAGCGGUAGCCCCAAUUCCCAAUCCCACAAGGAGAAGAACGUCAUAGUUCUUGUAGUCUUGCGCCGGAGCCCCGUAUGGACCAUCCAGAUAGAGCUUUGGUUGUCUGCAAAACAAUGACUUGUAAGACACUGAGAAUUUGUUCGUCUAUAUAUAAAUCAACAACGUAUGAGAUGAGUAAAUUCGAGGUGAGCUUUGUUAUUACCCUCUGUGAUCUACACUCCCAAGGUGACCGAAUUUAGCUCGACCAAUUAUGGUCGAUGAGUCAUUUACCUCGGUGAAAACUCGCUUCAACUCCUGUGUCCAGUCACCCACUGUCCGGAUAUGGACACUCAGAUACGGGUCUCCUGGUGCUGAAGUUAUCGAAAACGGAUGCCUGCAGUUCAGAAGCAAACCGUUGAUGCACAGAUCAACUGGAAGCUGGUAUCCAAAAAUGGUCUUGGUUUGAGUUGCGCGCAUUCGCUCACCAUUCGAAGGAUGAAACGGAGGGGCAUUGCAGGAAUAUGUACUGCCCACUCUUGUACUUGAAUCCCUGUGGCUUCGACAUUGUUAAGCUGAAAACGUCUCCAGGCAAAACCGAUACCCUCAGUAUCUUAGCAGAGCAAUGCUCUGAUCUGCAAGUGCGCAUGCUCCUCUCUGCCAAAUACACC